CGAGUGUGGAGACCUAAGGAGCCUUUUUGGGCAUUUGGCCAGGACUGAACAUCAGACACUCCAGUUUGUGUUUCAGGAGAGUGGCCAACGUGGGGUGAAGGGCGUAGGGCUAAGGCGCGAGUCCCUGGGGGACGGGGCGUGGGAGCCUCGUGGAUGUCCCCGCUGCCCCCACUGGUGCCUGGCGCUUGCUGCUGUCUUCCCCGACCAUGAGUCCUCCACCUGCAGCCGUCCCGGGUCUGGGGUCACUGCGGAUUUAGAGCCACUUGCUCCCGGUCACGGAGGGUGGGGAGGACGCUGGGAGGUGAGUGUCUCCUGCGGAGGCCGGAAGGGAGGGCUGGUGCUGGAGGCGGUGUCUUGAAGGGACCGAGGCUCAGAAGGCCAGUCCUGCCCGAGGCCACACGUGCCCUGCUCUGCCCUGGCCUUAAGUCCCGGCUGCUUCCUGAGUCAGGUCAGAGCUGUGCUCUGCUCUGGGCUGGGGCUCCUUCUGUGGCUGGCGAGUUUUCUGUGGUCGGGGGCUGUGGGCAGACAGGGCGAGGGAGGGCACGUAGGAGAAGGACUGCCAUCUGUGGGUCCGGGAGGUGCCCGGGGCCUCUCGGUCUGUCCUCCGUGGCCUCUGCCUCCAGUGGUCUCCGCGAGGCAGGUGACGCGUGUCAGCUCUGGCCCCCCGCCUGUGUGGUGCUGGGAGCCCCCGACUUCCUGGCAGUGGGGCGGCAACAGCCCCUCCGAGGGGCAUGUGGGUGCUCUGCGGUGGGGACAGAGAGAGUGGGAACGCGUGGGCGGGGAGCUUGGUGGCACGUGCAGGGCGGGCCUCGCGCUGGUCUGGACGGGGAGCCCGUAGGCCCCUCAGAGGAGCGUCUGGGUGCGUGUGCACAGGGAGCACCUAGUGGGAGCUCCCGGUAUGGUGCUCCCGACAGCAGCUAGCCACCUGUGCUGGGGUGGGUCGGGGCACGCAGGGUCCCGGUGCUGGCUGGGGACCAGGGCGCCGUUCUGCAGGGGCUGCGAGACAGCCUUGUCCUCCUCCCCACCGAGUCACUGACCGUCCUGGCUCCUUUGGGCCCCGUCAGGGGCUCUUCUGAAAGGCCCUCCUCCCCCACUUGUCCUCUUCCUUGUCCAGCCACUGGGUGGGGGGUUGGGUGUGUUUGUGUGUGUGCAGCAUCCAGGCAACAGCCACAGCCUGGGGACAUCUUAGACUUCCCCCUGCCACCGCCCCACGCCCCGCAUGUGGUGAGUUGCCAUGUUGGGAGGCAGCCGCGGGCUGGCGGCCAUGGGGCAUUUGAAUUUGUUCAGUGAGUCCGAUGCCCGAGGCUUCAGGAGAGCAUGGUUCCAGCCCCGCCCCUGGGGGGUCCCUGCCCAGACGGGGACGGAGGACGACAGGAUCGCGAUGGCUCUGCGCAGGGCUCUCCUUUGUGGGGCCUGGGGGCCGAGGGGCGGUCAGGAUGGGCAACUGGCCUGCGCCGUGAAGUGACCCCUGGACUCCAGGGUGGCCUGGCAGGCUGUCACGGUCGUCCGGGUGAUCGGUGGCUGAGGUGGAAGGUGUGGGGCAGGCAGGGCCCGGCGUGUGACCCGCAGCCCUGCCCUCAGGGCGCCAUGUUUUGGAAGUUUGACCUGCACACGAGCUCACACCUGGACACGCUUCUGGAGCGGGAGGACCUGAGUCUGCCCGAGCUCCUGGAUGAGGAGGACGUGCUGCAGGAGUGCAAGGUCGUCAACCGCAAGCUACUGGACUUCCUGCUGCAGCCGCCGCACCUGCAGGCCAUGGUGGCCUGGGUCACCCAGGAGCCGCCGGCCAGUGGCGAGGAGCGGCUGCGCUACAAGUACCCCAGCGUGGCCUGUGAGAUCCUGACCUCAGACGUGCCCCAGAUCAACGACGCGCUGGGCGCCGACGAGGCCCUCCUGAACCGGCUCUACGGCUUCCUGCAGAGCAGAAGCAGCCUCAACCCCCUGCUGGCCAGCUUCUUCAGCAAGGUCAUGGGCGUCCUUAUCAACCGCAAGACGGACCAGCUCGUGUCCUUCCUGCGGAAGAAGGACGACUUCGUGGACCUGCUGCUGCAGCAUAUCGGCACCUCGGCCAUCAUGGACCUCCUGCUGCGUCUCCUCACCUGCGUGGAGCGUCCACAGCUGAGGCAGGACGUGGUCAACUGGCUCAACGAGGAGAAGAUUGUGCAGCGGCUUAUAGAACAGAUCCACCCGUCAAAGGAUGACAGUCAACAUUCCAACGCAUCCCAGUCCCUGUGCGACAUCAUCCGCCUGAGCCGGGAGCAGAUGAUCCAGGUCCAGGACAGCCCGGAGCCCGACCAGCUGUUGGCCACCCUGGAGAAGCAGGAGACGAUCGAGCAGCUCCUGAGCAACAUGCUGGAGGGGGAGCAGAGCCAGUCUGUCAUCGUGAGUGGGAUCCAGGUGCUGCUGACCCUGCUGGAGCCCAGAAGGCCAAGGUCCGAGUCUGUGACCGUGAACAACUUCUUCAGCAGCAUGGACGGACAGCUGGAGCUCCUGGCCCAGGCGACCCUGGACAGCACCACGUCCAGCGUGGGCGUCCUGCACGCCCUGCGCCCACGGCUCGGCCAUUUCCACCAGCUCCUGCUUGAGCCCCCCGAGCUGGAGCCGCUGCGAACUACGUGGGGCAGCCUGGCCCCGCCGCUGGGCAACACCCGGCUGCAUGUGGUCAAGCUGCUGGCCAGCGCUCUGAGCGCCAACGAUGCGGCCCUGACCCAGGAGCUCCUGGCGCUGGACGUGCCCAACACCAUGCUGGACCUCUUCUUCCACUAUAUGUUCAACAACUUCCUGCAUGCCCAAGUGGAGUUGUGUGUGAGUGCCCUGCUGAGCACUGCACCUCCCUCCGACAGUGGCCUCGAGAUAGCUGCCCCGAGCCCCGUCCUGAAACACCUGCUGCAGCAGUGCCGCCUGGUGGAGCGCAUCCUGACCUCCUGGGAGGAGAACGACCUCGUGCAGUCUGCCGGGGGCCCCCGCAAAGGCUACAUGGGCCACCUGACGAGACUGGCCAAUGCUCUGGUGCAGAACACAGAGAAGGGGCCCAACGCCGAGCAGCUGGGCUGGCUGCUGAAGGAGCUGCCCAGAGAGCAGCAGGAGCGGUGGGAGGCCUUCGUGUCUGGAGCCCUGGCAGAGACCAACAAGAGGAACGCCGUGGACCUGGUGAGCACCCACCACCUGCACUCCUCCAGCGACGACGAGGACGACCGGCUCAAGGAGUUCAAUUUCCCUGAGGAGGCAGUGCUGCAGCAGGCCUUCAUGGACUUCCAGAUGCAGCGCAUGACCUCGGCCUUCAUCGACCACUUUGGCUUCAAUGAUGAGGAGUUUGGGGAGCAGGAGGAGAGUGUGAACGCGCCUUUCGACAAGACAGCCAACAUCACCUUCUCCCUCCACGCCGACGACGAGAACCCCAACGCCAACCUGCUGGAGAUCUGCUACAAGGACCGCAUCCAGCAGUUCGACGACGAGGAGGACGAGGACGAGGACGAGGAGGAGGGCCAGGGCUCCGGGGAGUCCGACGAGGAGGACGGCGCCUGGCAGGGCAGCCAGCUGGCCCCGGGAGCGCGCCGGGGCCAGCCCCCAGCCGUGCGGAGUGGAGGCAGCACAGACAGCGAGGAGGACGACGAGGACGACGAGGAUGACGGCGAUGGCCGUGCGGCUGGUGGGGGGACCGGGCCCCCCUCGCAGCCUAGCCCCGGCCCCCAGCCUCCGGGCCCCAGCUGGACAGCCACCUUUGACCCAGUGCCUACAGACGCCCCGACCGGCCCCCGAGACUCUGGGGAGAAGGAGCCGAGCCCCGGGCUUCUCGCCCCACAGGGGUCCCUCGGCGUACCCCGGGGCCUCCCCGCCCUGAGCCCGGCCGGCCCUGCGGCCCGCACCGCCCUGCAGCUCAGGUCUCAGGACCCCGCGUCCCUGUCAGCACCUCAGGAAGCCACAGACGGCAGCCAAGUAGCAGAGCCCUCGGCCCCCUGCCAGGCCUUGGUCGGCUUCGGGGACCUCCAGGCCACACUCAGAGGGACGCGCUCCACCCCCAGCUCCCUGGACAGUGCAACCAGAGACCCUGCUACCUCUGUUCCAGCCCCCGGGGCCUGCCAGCACCCCCAGACCACGGAGGGGGAGAAGAGCCCAGAGCCCUCGGGGCUCCCCCAGAGCCAGAGUGCCCAGGCCCUCGAGCCGCCUCCGAUGCCCAAUGGCUCUGCCCCGGGAGGGCCAGCACCCCUGGGCUCCCAGUAACUGCCUGGUCCCGGUGGUGGCGGCUAAAUCCUCCAUACUCCACGCGGACCUUGCCCGAGUGGGGGCAGGGCGGGUCCCACGAUGGCCCUGUUGCCCCAUCACCCCAUCCCCACCUUGUCUGCCCCCACGUUCUCUCUUCUGGACUCCCAGGAGCCAGGUGCCAGGGAGUCAGGCCCCUACCCACCCCCAUUUGCACUGAGAAAAGAAAUUAUGGAGUUUUGUCUCCUAGAAUAAAGAAACAAUUGAAUAGAGAGAAAGGAGAGAGAGAGAGACCUAUAUUAUAUAUUAUAUAUAGAGAGAGAGCGGGUGGGUGGAGAGCCAGGAGGAGGCCCGGCCGGGCGGGCAGCGGGUGAGACCUUCAUCCCAUCUCGGUGGGGGCUCUGUUGGGGUCCCAAGGUCAUUGUCUGCCCUCCCCUCCCACCAUGCCCCAGCCUCCGGUGCAGAUGCCCACACCCACACUCGGCCCAGGCCCACCUCUGGGGAGGGCUCGAGUGGGGGCCGUGCCUUUGCCCAAACCCUUGCCCUGGACCCUGCACUUUGACCCAGGCUGGGAGAUAAAGGACCCUCUGCCUGGCCCUGUUGGCUCUAUGGGAGCUGGCGGUCCCCGUCCAAGGGGGUCUCCCCGGUGACAUUCCCAUGGGGCCCCAAUGCACUCACUGAGACCGCCCCCCCCACCCCCCACACCUCCCAUGGGCCCCGGGGCGGGGGGUUGGCAAGGGUCCGGCUGGGGUCCCCUUCCCGUGCCCAAGGAUCUGGGGUCCAGCCCAGCUGCCAAGUGACCUUGUCCCAGCUCCCUCUCCCCAGGCUGGUGUGAGUGUGUGUGUGUUCGUGCUGAGCUUCUAUUUCAUAUUGCAAAUAUAAAUAAAUAAAGAUCGUUUAAGAUUCCU